AAGCACUGGAAGGCGGUGCAACGUUCAUGAGUACAAGCACCCCCGUCGCAAGGCAUACUACCAUUCUUAAAUCUUACCCUUGCCAUUGCAACAUCUCUUUGCUAUAUAUCAUGGCAAGUGUCUUUCUUGGACUACAUGCCAAGUAUAACCCAGAACAACUGACACCAUGAAACCCAAGUCAGGUAACCGAUUCAGAGUUUGUGGGACACCUUCGAAAACAGGAUGUAUCACUUGCAAGUAAGUGGACUUCCGCCGACUGCUGGGACCAUCUAUGGACUGUGCGAUUAUCGUUCUAUGUCUUCGAGAGCGCUAACAGGCCAACUAGAAUACGCCGUGUAAAAUGUGGUGAAGAACACCCGUUUUGCAAAAGAUGUACUUCGACGGGGCGAAAGUGCGAUGGUUAUGCCCCCCAAAAAGUUCCCGACCCAUCUUCCCGAAAGGCGUCAUCCAUGCCUCCUUCGCGAAAUCACAGAGACGCAUCCUCAAGCAUAGCUGAAGAUCCUAUGGAGCAACAUCUCCUGUAUCUAUUUCGAACUGUCACUGCACCAAAACUAUCUGGUUACUUUUCAGCCGACUUCUGGCAGAGGAGGAUCUUCCACGCGAGCACAGUUGAGCCUUCUGUCCAGCAUGCUGUUAUUGCAAUAGCUGCGAUACACCAAGAUUAUGUCAACUGGCAAAGGAGGAAGAUUUCGGAUCCAUCGAUGCAAGCGUUUGCAUUUCGACAAUAUAUUAAGGCAAUUAGCUUUUUACAUAUCUUGAUGUCAACCCAAUCUCAACAGCUAGAUAUGACAUUGAUUGCGUGCAUUUGCUUUAUCACCUUCGACUGUCUACUCGGAAAUCAGUAAGUACCGUAGAUACGUAAAUGAGAAAUGGACAAGAUCUAAUGUGGAAUAGCGAGUCAGCAAUUAUACACCUUCAAGCUGGAUUAAAAAUACUGGAAGAUAUUAGGUCGAGGAAGUCUCAGCAUCACGAUUCGACGAUAGAACAACAAUGGGAAGCUGAAUUCGCUCCUCUAUUGCUAUCUCUAGGCACGCAAGCCGCAUCAUUUGUGAAUCCAAACCACCAAGUAUAUAGAUCAGCUCUUUGGAUAUCAUUACGCAAAGCAGCUAUCCAUAAUCGAAGCAACAGCUUCCGCUCUAUCGAUGAAGCACGCCACGCUCUAGAUACUUUAGCGGCAGAUAUAACAGUGGAACGAAAAUCUUGCGCAACCCAAUUCCCCGAUCUCCUUUCCCUCAACACGAGGAGGUUCAGUAGCGCAACACAAUUGAAUGCAAUUCGAUAUUGGAAAAGGGGCCUCGAUAACCUUUUGGUUGACACAGCUACAAGUGAUCCUGAUACGAUGAGCAGAACCAAUCUUGGAGCUUCGUUACUCAAACUCCACGCUUUAGUAUAUUCUAUUGUCAUCGAUACAUCUGCGGCGAGCGAAGAGAGGUUCGAAGAGGUACUUGCACAUUGCGAAUAUCUCAUCAAUUCACGAUCGAUUGAUGAAAAUUUAAAUUUCACACCCGAUAUGGGCAUUAUCUCACCUCUAUUCUUCACGAUUCUACGCUCACAUACAAUAUCAAUUCAACGACGGGCGAUGGAUUUGCUUUCCCAGGCAGAAGGACGGGAAGGAAUGUGGGAUACACAGGAUGCGCUUCGCAUCGCAAAGGGUGCUUUAGAAGCAGCGGGUCACACGGAAUGGGAGGAUUACGGAUCGGUGACUGCUACUUCAGUACCUCAAUCAGAGAGCAGACCUCGAGCUGGCGUCAUGGAUCGAAUGAUAUGGCCAUUCGGCGAGAGAUGGGAGAUAUCUGUAUCUUCUGCUCACUCAACUCCACAAUUAGAGUAUUCUUUGCCAUUUUCUUCGAAUCAAAAUACACCACAUUCAGCCACCGAGCCGACAUUUUCAUCACAUCAUAUACCACCUCAAUUGAAAACAGAUUCUGGCUUUGGUUCCUCCACCGGUAGCGUACCUCACAUGGGCAACGAAUCAAUGUUCCCUUCCAUGCUUCAUCCCACUUACGACUGGCCAUGCUUUGAAUAACGAUUUAUGUAUGGGUUCGUUUCGCAUUAUUUGUAGAAUAGCUUCCAGUGUUAUAAGGUUAGAAGUGGU